AUGUGCGAGUUGGGUGCGAUUCCGUUGACAGACGCCGACUGGUUGGCCGACGCCGUGUCAGUGCUACAUAAUGCCUACGCUCAUCUUCACCCCUACAUGGCCGUCGUGCUGUGCCUUGCCGGUACUGUAAUGAACGCUGUCACUGUCGUCGUACUAACACGGCCGUCUAUGCUUUCGCCAAUCAACGCCAUUCUUUGCGCGGUAGCCAUCUGUGAUAUACUGGUGAUGACGUCUGUUCUGGUGUUCGUCUAUCACUUCCUCAUAUCGGCUAAUCUC